AUGUCUUUCACGUUUGGUUUCACCGGAGACGAUAUCUCCGACGAUGAGAGUAUGACCAAUGUGGCUACUGCAUCCACCAGUAACUCCAAGCCCGUGGAGGCUCUUCUUCCGCCCAAACUCCACUCGCUACUGGACAUUCUCUCCACCUUAAAAGAUGUCCGAAUCACUUUUGACAACUUCACUACUCCAGGUGGCAAUAUCGUCUACAGAAGAGAACUUUUCGAUAUUAAGCAUCAAGCUAUGAUGGAGGAAGACUCUGAGAGGGCUAGUGACGUCCACAAGAUCUUGGUCGGCUCAGAAAAUGCUAGUGAUGAUUGCUCUUAUGACUUGGUGGAUGAGAUUGAUAAGCUCUGGAAGCAGGGCAGUCUUAUACUGCAUUCGAAAUUUCUUGAAAUUGGUUGUGGAACUUCUUUACCAUCAUGUUACUUGUUGACGUUGCUUCUCCAACAAGAUCUGGCCACGUCUCGAAGUCUUGUUCUUUCUGACUUCAACUAUGAGGUUCUCCGGUUGGUGACUGUUCCAAACCUUCUCAUCCAUUGGGCUUCUACUUUGGAACCUGAUUUUUUGCAUCAAUUGACUGGAUCAGACAUCCACUUAAAUAACGAUGAGGUUUUCUUGUCGUCUGAUUUGCUAAAAGAAUUCGAGAACCACUUGGCCCGUAAAAAUUUGCUGCUAUCCUUUAUUUCUGGUCUGUGGGGCUCUGAAUUCUGUAAGAUUGCAUUCACAUUCUCACCUGAGUUGAUCUUGACAUCGGAGACGAUCUACUCUCUCGACUCAGUGCCAAUUCUCAUUGAUGUCUUGCUACAAUUGGCAACCCCACCCAACUAUCUUGCAUUGGUGGCAGCUAAGUCCUACUACUUUGGAGUCGGCGGCUCUAUCAAAGAGUUUAUUGAUAAAACAUCCGAAGCUAAAGCAGACAACUUGCAUAUUGAUACAGUGGGAGGAAACAUGGGCCAACUCAAGAGAGAUAUCGUGAGACUCUACUUUGAAGCACCUAAAUAG